GAAAACCUUGCUUAUAUUUUUAUCAAAUAAUUAGGAAAUAAGACAACUCUAAUAAUAACAUCAAAUGCAGCUGGAUUAUUAUGUCUAUUCUUUAAUUAUUAUCGUUAUCAGAUUUUCCGUUUUAACAGUUACCACUAGUAUACUUAAUUUUGAACGGACCUUCCUAAGAAACGGAAUCGCCAUCCUCAUGAACACCCCUCCUUUUCUCAGAUUUUUCCUCCUAAAUAUUCUCCCCCCACAAACAAAAUUAGUCUUCUCUCACAACCGCCACAAGUACAGUCUCACGUUAUGAACUCAAAAACCACCACCAACUUCAUCACAAGCAACGAUAAAAAUAACUGCCAAGCCAACAGGAACUUCUUCUUGUGUUGUACCAGGCCUCCGGGGACUCCGCUUCUUGCCUUGAACAAAGAUGGGUCAGUACGUUCCGUCGGGGGCUGCACGGACGAGUUAAAAGAGCCGGGUUUUACGCACGUUGCUGUUGGAGAGAAUCAGGGCAUCGUGUUUUCGAGGGUAAUGCCGACGGCGGCGGCCGCGGUGGAUGAAGGUGGUGAGUAUGGUGCGGGAAUGAAGAAGAAAGGCAGUAGCAAGAAGCUGCUGCGCAUGUUCAAGGCCAUUUUGUUUGAAACUUCACUGGCGAAGAAGAUUAAAAAGAGAAAACGGAUAAAGAAGCAGAAGCAAGCAUCAAAAGGGACGCUGUCAGCAAAUCCUGAAAAUUCUGAAUUAUUCAAUGGAGGUUCAAUUACUCAAGAAACGAUGGACACUGGAAGUGGAAGAAGUUCUUCUUCUUUAGGUUUUUCUUCGAAUUUGUCUGGAACCACAUCUUCCACACGUUCUUCAUCAGUUUCCUCCAAUUCAAAGUCUUCCAAGUCAUUUUCCGAUUUAAUCAAGUCAUUAUCCGAUCGAACCAAAUCGUUUUCCGAUCGGAACAAGUCCUUGUAUGACAAAACCAAAGCGCUUUUCGAUCGGAACAAGUCGUUUCGGAUAAACACAUUUGAGAGAAUGAAGCAGAAUAAGCAGGAAAACAUGCCAAUGCAAGAGAGUGGAAAAGGACGUUUUGGCCCCAAUGUUGGGUUGUGUUUUCUUCUAAUGAGCCUCUUUGUUUUGGUCUUAUGGGGAAAAUGUUGUGCCAUUUUCUGCACUGCAACUUGGCUUUUUUUGGUGCCUUGUUGGUCUACUGCAAAAACUCCGUCACAAAAUCUCGUUAUCCAUUCAACCCACCUUGAUUCUACAUUAAGAAGAACAUGAUUGAUAGAUUUCUAGAGAGCCACAAUCCGCACGGUCGAUGACUCUGUACAGUCGGAUAUGGAAAAUUGUAAUUAUGAAAAGUGAGUUUGAGCUGCAGAAGUUGCAAAAGGUUCAACUGUAUUUUUAUUACUAGUGUAGGUUUGAUUUGUCUGUUUAGUUUCAGGUUUUUGGCUCAAAUGUAAAGUUGUUUUGUUUGAAUGUGUAAAAAAUUGUAAAGAAGUGGAAAAGGCAGAGGUAUUUUGUCUGAUAA